AUGCUCCCGCACGCAAGCAACCCCUCAAGCACUUCCCUUAGCCCAUGCGAUGUCUUCGCGACGGCGUGCGAGCUCAAGACCCAGCUCGCCACACUCGAGCGGCGUUGCGCCGAGAACGCCAAGGUCGGCAACGAGCUCCGCCAACGCCGCACGGAGCUGCAAGUGAGCCUGCGCGCGCUCGAGGUCGCUGUGGAUGACGAGCAGAAGGCGACACGCGAGCUGCGCGACGAGCUCGAGAGGCUGAGGCGCGCGGCGGGCGAGAGCGUCACGCCGUUCACAUUCACGUUCCCUACUAAACGUACCGAAGAGAACGAGGACGCUCAGGCCACACUCAACAAGCCUACGCGGCGCUUCGCACGGCACGUCAUUCCGGAACAGUGGAAGAAACAGCUCGGCCGGGCCAUUGCGUCUAAUGUCAAGGGCUAUGUGCGUCUCAGAGACGGCGGGGCGCCGACGAAAGAGAACGAGGUGAAGGCGCGCAAGAUGCGGCGCAUACUUUCGGAGAAGGUCAGGGAGAGCGGAUGGAAGGUCAAGCAACACAAGGCGCGGAAGGAGAACAAGCCAUAUGGCGCGCAUCUAGCACGGAAGAAGGCAUCCUUGCUUGCCUAG